AUGCCCCCAAGCCCGCCCAAAACCAUCCUGAUCACCGGCUGCUCCGCGCAGGGGAUCGGCGCCGCCCUAGCCCAGCAGCUCGCCCAAGAGGGCCACGUGCUCUUCGCGACGGCGCGCACGCCCAGCAAGAUCCCCGCGGAGCUGCGCGAGCAAGCCAACGUGCACGUGUUAGCCCUAGACGUGACGGACGCGGCCUCCAUCGCCGCCGCCGUGCACUCCGUCACCGAGCACACCAGCACAAGCGGCAACCACCGAGGACUGGACGUGCUCAUCAACAACGCGGGGACGGGGUACACGAUGCCGCUGGCGGAGGCGGACCUCGCGCGGGCGCGGGCGGUCUACGAGGCCAACGUCUGGGGCCCCCUGCAGCUGAUCCAGGCGUUCCAGCCGCUGCUGGUCGCCGCGCGCGGCCGCAUCGUCAACCUGAGCAGCGUCGGCGCCGUCGUCCCCACCCCCUGGAUUGGCGUGUAUGCCUCCUCCAAGGCCGCCCUCGUCCAGCUGUCCGAGACCCUGCGCCUGGAACUCCAGCCCUGCGGGGUCGGCGUCGUCUGCGUCAUGGCCGGCACCGUCGCCACCGCCUUCCACGCCAACGAGCCCGAGGUCCUCCUGCCGCCCGCGUCGUGGUACGCGCCCAUCCGCCGCAUUAUUGCCGACUGGGCUACGGGCCGCGCCGGGCCUCGGAAUGGGUCCUCCCCCGAUGAAUUCGCUAAGGUUCUGGUUGAAGAUGUCGUGCUCGCGGAGACGCUGCCUGCCGGUGCCGCUGCGCGGUUGCUGGCCCGCUGGUGUCCGGUUGGGUUGUUAGACCGCAUCAUGAAGAAUGGUCAGGGAAUAGAUGAGCUGACCAAAAGCUUGGAGGGCGGCAAGAAAUGAAGUGAAGAGAGAAGUUUCCGAUUGUCUACAAUGAGGUGUGUUCUACAUGACGGGCUAGUAAUAGUGGUGGGGUGUGGAGAAAGGGAAGAAGAGGAGAAAUCGGUGGAAUGUAAUGUACAAACUGCCAAAUUACUGCAAGACUGGAUGAAGGAUUCCAGAGGAAUAUUUGGG